GGAGAUAGUAUGUCCACCCAACAUCUUUGGAAAAACAAGCAUGGAUACACUCCUCGUCGUCUUCCCUUCGACACACUUAACACACCUGGAAUGGUUCAGCAAUAUGGAGGCUCAAACUCCUCACUUAUUCAAAUAUAAAUUCAAGCGGUAAAAAUGACCAUCCACCUACUUUCUCAUGAUGGGAGCAGACGCGCCAAGGCCCUCGUAUCUCUUGUCUCAUUUUCUGCCUCAAGAUCAACAACCCUUAUGACAUAUCCUCCGAACGCAGUAGAAGCAGAACGACAACGUCGCCAUGCCGGUCGCAGGAAAUAAAAAAGCCACAAAGUCACGGUGCCAGGAGCCCGGCUGCGAUAGAACCUUUUCGAGUCCAUCCAACCUCACGAGACAUAUCAACUCCAAGCACCGCGAGGCUGUUCAUAUGUCCUGCGGCAAACACUUUCCAAACCACAAGUCGAACAUCAAACGUCACCAGGAAACCUGUGGCUGCGAGGUCUUGGUUCAGCCCACGAUUCCUGCUGGGGAGAAUGACUUUGGCCUCGACGACACUAGCCUUUCUAUGGUGUGGGGAGCCAAUUUGUUUGAUCCCACUGGGAGCAGUCCAGACUCGUUCUUCUAGGGACUCUCACGUUUACGUUUCCUCUACCUGGAGCCUCUGGCAGAACUAUGGACUUCUUGUACGACGGAUCGGUUGGUCGUUCCGCGUUUCGCGUUUCGCUGCAUGAUUCCAAGCGGUCUGGCUGUAUAGUUUGGGAUUCUUUUAUUUGUUGUUUCUUCGAAGCAUCUAGCUGGCGGUUUCCGUGUUUAUGAGGUCAUUGACUUAUGAAUACAUGAACUUACGUACUUCCAUCAAAACAUUGAAGUUACUCAAGAGAGGAUUCCAGAAGGCAUAGCUCUGGCACAGUCCGCUUCCCGUAUUAGUGAAUUUGCAGAGCAUGGCGAGGCUGCGUGG